AUGGCAUUCAGUGAUGAUGCUGUAUUGGCGAGGCUGUCAUCGCUCAAUGAGAGCCACGACAGCAUAGCUACGGCGUCCCAGUGGAUCAUGUUUCAUAGGCGCCAUGCGGAGCGCACAGCCCAGAUCUGGCUCCAGAGACUCAAGGAUUCCACCAGCACCAAGAGGCUGAGCCUCGUCUAUCUCGCGAAUGAGGUAACCCAGCAGUCAAAGGCCCGACAUAGGCCAGAUUUUGUAUUGGCUUUUGCACCCAUCAUAGCCGAAGCCCUGGCAGUGGCCUACAAGGGAGCGCCGGCUGAGAUCCAAGGCAAAUUAAGGAGGGUCGUCGAAGUUUGGGCUGACAGGGCUAUCUUCGAGCCUGGGAUUCAGGCGGCGAUCGAAGCGCGCAUGCAAGACGCGGAGCGAUCUAAAUCGGCUCCUAAGAGCAAUUUCGGAUCUCACGCAUCGAGCGUACCGGUGGACCUUGCAGGGCUCGUGGUGCACUCACAAAACCUGGAGAAAACCAGCUUGCCAACGAAGACGAGUCUUGGCACCGCAGAUCAAGACUGGGACAAGCUUCAUGAUCCGUCGGCAGCAACACCCUCAGCCCCGGUCUAUGCUGCGCGCCUUAACGGAUUGCUUCGAAGCCUAGCGAGUGCAGAGGGCGCAGUAGCCGACUCGGUCAAGGCCCGCAGAGCACUGAUCAGCGAGCUCGAGAAGUUGCUCAGCACUAACCGCACGAUCUUAGCUCAGGAGGAGCAGCAGCUGACGACUCUCACGAGCAGGAAGACAGAGACAGAGGAGAAGAGACGCGAGGUCGAAAAUGCCAUUAUGCGGACGUUGCCGAGCCAGGAAAGCUCGGGGGCUUUACGUGACGGCCCAACGCAAAGCCCCGGCCCCGAGCCGGAACGGCCGGAGGUAGAGGAGCUUACGCCGCCACCGCCAGAUCGUCAUGAGGCUGGCUUGAACAUCACUGAUGGUCAGAGCAUUGGAACGUCGGACAUAUCCCUUCGCCAGGCCACUACUACAGAACCACCAGGACCUAGUCUGAAUGGUCCCUAUGCGGGGCCUCCCGCGUCCGGCAUGGAGAUGCUGUCGAAUCUGGCCAGCCAGUAUCAGUCUCUGCCGGUUUCGACGAACGGCUCCAAUAAGAGGAGGCGGGUGGAAAGUGACGAGUUUCCAGACCUUGGGGCAGACGACGGAAUUGAUGCGGACGUGGCAGAGAUGCUCCGCAAAGAUAGUAAUGGGGCUUGA